AUGUCAGAAUCCAUGGAGGGGACUCUUCCAGAUAGGAUGACGACCUCUGGAUCUGAGCUCAAAAGACAUGCAGCAUGCGACGAGUGUCGGAAACGAAAGCUCAAAUGCUCUGGUGAGCCGACAGGAUGUGUUCGAUGCUUGAAACAGUCAAUACCAUGUCGUUACUCCCCACAAAAACCGAUGGGUCGUCCUCCCAAGAAAAGGGCGCGGGCAGAUGAAGGCGACGAGUAUAAUACGCAGUCAGGCAACGGUGUCUGGCCUACACCAGAGGAUACUUCUCCAGACUCCUUCACAAUGUCCUCGGACCAAACUCCCGCAACAGACGCCCAUUACCUCUGUCCACAGCUUUACUGGCAGGGACAGUCACCAUCGUUGCAGUCCACCCCAGAUCUUCUUGGCGGAGACGAAGACCACAAUCAUACCUGGCGCCCAGAUCGUCUCAAGAAUCCCAAUAUACCGGUUUAUGAAUCUUCGAGCCCUUGGCCCGACUUUUCUGCGGUGUCGGAAUCCACGGCCAUGCCAUUUUCAGCCCCAACGAACUUCCUCGAUGCGCCCUCCCUACCACUUACGCCCCCCAUGCCCAAUAUUUCCGACCCCAACGCCCCGCAGUGUACAUGCUUGUCAUACUUGUAUCUCUGUCUUAGCCAUAUAUCCUCCAUUUCCUCCUUCCCCGUCAAUUCCCAUACUCUAUGUUCCCUUUAUAUUGCAGCCAGAACCGCGCAGGACGUGAUCCGCUGCCAAAUUUGCCCCAAAAGCUUUGCCACAGGUGUCCAGAAUGUCAUGUUUACUGGUACCCUGCUGACUGUGGUCGCGGAUGCCUGGCUGCGCGUUUACAAUAGCGAUGCUGCUGAGCUUGGGCUCCACUCUGCGCCGCCAGAGUUUACUGCGAAAGCGCUACGAAGCGCAGAUCCUGCUCAGACUUGGAGAGAGUGGCUGCGCCAGAUCGUCCGUCGGGCUGUGGUGGGCGGCUACCUUGACCCAGAAGCUGGAAGUCGAUGCUCGGGCCAGCCUGAUCUUUUGUCACUCAUCAGAGAGGUCGAAGACCGCCAAAGGCAUUGGCAUGAACCGGGAAAACACCCGUGUGAAGGGCAUAAUCCUAUUAUGUCCAGCGCCGUUGGUCAUCAUGCUCAUGACCACGAUGGCACACAUAAUGAGAAGGAGCUGCUUUGUCUUCGUGUUGUCGGAAGUGCACGGUCCGUUCUCUUGAGAUUCAAAUUCGAGGCUCGCGAUUUCCCGGGCAGUGCUAUUCCCAAUGACUUAAAGCAUGCAUCGCCGUGA